AUGGAGUUAUUUACUAGAGAGAUUAUUCUUUCCAUUGCUGUCAUUGUUGUUUCUUCUUCGGAGAUUAGUAGAGCAGUGGAUUGUGGUGGCCCGCAAAUUUCAAGCACAAUCGUAGUUGGUAGCAGCUCAUCAAAUUUCACAUCAAUUCAAGAUGCCAUUGAUUCAAUACCGACAAAAAACUCCAAAUGGGUAAAAGUUCAGAUAAAUGCUGGCACAUAUAAAGAGAGGGUUACCAUCCCAGUGGAUAAGCCAUGCAUCUAUAUGCAGGGCCAAGGGGCAGAUGUUACCACCGUUACGAACGAUGACCACUCGGCAACAAAUACUAGUGCCACAUUCACUUCCAUUUCAAACAAUGUUGUUGCAUCAGAUAUUACUUUUCAGAACUCGUACGGUUUGGAAAUGUUAGAAAAUAUGCUAAUACAUAAGAUCAGUUUUGGAAUAAGGAUUCCAUCGUUGGCUGCAAGAAUAGCCGGAGACAAAAGUGCCUUUUAUAAUUGUAGUUUUGUUGGUUUUCAAGACACUGUUUGGGAUGAAUUAGGUCGUCAUUAUUUCAAAAAUUGCAUGAUUGAAGGUGCUGUGGACUUCGUAUUUGGUGAUGGACAAUCCUACUACCAGGAUUGUGUGGUGAAUUCGACUUCCUUGGGUUCCAUAACAGCACAAGCACGCAAUAAAAGUAGUGACCCAUCUGGUUUUGUGUUUGAAGGAGGUUCUGUGAUAGGUAACAGUAAUGGAGACUCUUUAUUAGGAAGAGGUUAUGGUCAUUGCUCUAGGGUUGUAUUUUAUAAAAUGAACCUUAGUGGUGUCAUCCGGCCUGUAGGAUGGGAUGCUUGGAAGUCCAAAGAUGACGUGAGUUGUCUUUUCUUCUCUGAGAUUCAAUGUACAGGACCAGGUUCUGAUACUUCUCAACGUGUUCCUUGGGAAAAGAAUUUGACAGACACAGAUUUUAACAACAAAUUUUCAAUUCCAGUGUUCAUCAAUCAAGAUGACUGGCUCUCACAAUUACCAAUAGGGAAAUAG